AUGGAGGAAAAAGACUGGGAGGCUUCGUCUUCGAGCGAAAACGAAGCUUGUUUUCCAAACGAUGAUGACGAAGAGUUUCAAUCUAGUGGAUCAGGACCCAGGUUACAAUUCAGAGUAGGAUCUUCCAAGGCUCGUUGGAUUGCAGAAUUAGGAAUGGCUGAAGUAGAGGUGAAAAGGGGGAAACUUUGGACAACAACUGGAAUCAUUCGUAGCGGAAAGACAUAUUGUUUCAUCGAAGAGGCUCUGUAUUUGAGUGAAAUAGGAGAGUUGCAAUUCUUGGGUGAUGAGGAUGAUGCAGUGAUCGAAUUGAAGGACUUGUAUGCGAAAAUUGCAGAGGGAAAAAGCGGCUGCUGUUGGGAAAACUACGAGGUUUAUCGAUACUUAAAGGGUCUAGGUUACAUCCUAAGCAGGCAUGGAGUUCGUUGGACGUCAAAGGAUGCUGCAAUUAUGACACCAGUUAGUGAAGAAGAGUCAGUUUGUGCUGGUGAAUGUCCUGAAGACAAGGAUACUGUAACUAAACUCUUGGGAGAUAUGCAGAUAUGUGAUGCAAGAGCGGUGUUUGACGUGUAUUUGCCAAACAGACGGUUCAAGAAGUCAUGUCCUGGUGAACCGAGCUUUGUGGCUUGCUUCUCGGGUGACUCUCCACCAAGCAAAGAAGAAAUCAAAGUCCUGCAAAAGCGCGUAGCUGCACCAUUGAUGUUCUGUCAUAUCGCUCAGGGCCGUGCCAGUUUCUUUUCCUUCAGUUCUAUAGACCUCCCUGUCUUACCAUAA